UGGGCGUGGACGCGGCAGGUUGCAAGCGGGUUCUGGCAGCUGAGGUGGCUGGUUCGGCAGCUCCGGCUUAGUUGUGACAGUUGUGAUGUUUUUCUCCGAGGCCGGGGCCAGACCGCGGACGUGCGAAGCCAGCCCCUCGGAACACAGGAAGUGGGUGGAAGUAUUUAAAGCAUGUGAUGAAGAUAACAAAGGCUAUCUAAGCAGAGAGGACUUUAAAGUUGCUGUUGUAAUGCUGUUUGGGUACAAGCCCUCCAAGAUAGAAGUGGAUUCUUUGAUGUCUUCAAUAAAUCCAAGCACUUCUGGUAUAUUACUUGAGAGUUUUUUAAAUAUUGUAAGGAAAAAGAAGGAAGCUCAACUCUAUCGGAAUGAAAUAAGACACAUCUUCACAGCUUUUGACGUACACUAUCGUGGAUUUUUAACUUUGGAAGAUUUCAAAAAAGCAUUUAGGCAGGUGGCUCCCAAAUUACCAGAAAGGACUAUCCUUGAAGUGUUUAGAUUCUGGAAAAGGCCACAUGUUAACACAGUGAUGACAGCAGUAGAAGCUCCAUCGGUUGAGAUGCUCAGGACUCACAUGUCAGUCUCUAAAUCAACACCUUAUUUCAAGAAAGGCUCUGUUGGAUAUGGCUUAUAUGAACUUCAUGAUGCAAUUUUGAAUCAGUCUGUUGUCUUCUCCCAGGAUAUAACAUGUGACUCAUUGUAACUCCAGCUGCCUUAAGUGAUAAAAGGAAUUUGUUGACUCUCACAACUGAACCAUCCAGAGGUGGGAUUGGCUUUGGGUGUAAUUCCAUCGGACCCCAGGUUUAUUUUUCAGCCUUGCCCUUGCCUUGCACGGGAUAUGAUCUGGGACUGAGUCCCCUGUGACUGCGACACUGACUGCAGCAGCUCCAUGCCUCAAACCUACAACCUCAGCAACCUGAGCUGAGUAGAGAGUGCUACUAAGGAAGGACAGAAGUCCUGAGCUUCUCUCUAAGGUCAUGGGACAGCUGUGAGCUAAUGAUUAGGGCUGGCAAUGUCUGAUAAUCAGAGAACUAGUCACUGAGGGCAAGAAGUUGGCAUCCUGCUCAUUGGCACAGAACAACCUCUGGAGCUGUGGUGAGAUCCUUCCCUCCCAAAUCACGGAGAUCCUGGAGACCAAGAAUGGGGGCAAGGUCCCGAGGAUUCUAGGGAAGCACCAAACAAUGCCGAUGGCAUACAGGUAUUUGUAUUUUAUGCCUUAGGUUUAUUUGUGUAAUGUUAAAGAAAUGUGGGCAUCAACAAGCAGAUGGGAAAGGAAUCGUUUUUAGGGGACAGUGGGGCUAUCUGAGAGUCCCUGAGACUUGUUACUCCCCAGCCUUGCCCUCGAAACUCAUUCAUAUAGUCACUAAUUUGCUAGUAUGGCCCAGUUACCCAGUUAUUUUUAUUUCUGACACACACCUGUCCAAGGGAGGGUAUUUGAACCUGGGAGUCUGAAACAUUUAAAAUAAGCUAAAUAUGUGGGUAUCAGGGGUAGAAUUCAAUAAAUAUAUAGAUCCUAUUUGUUUAGGACAAUUAUGUGUUAUUUAGAACUAGUUAUUUUGCAAAAUUAAAUAGCGUUCCUCAUUUGCUGUAUUAGAAUAAUUUUAUAAACAGGAAUUUGGCAGGAGGGGGAAGGAAAGGCAAAUAAGGCUUAUCGGUUAAUGAAAGGUUUGGUGAUCUUUUGUUCUCUACAUUUCUUAAGUUUAAAGAGUUUUUUUAUUCAGGAUAAAAUUUUCAGUUUUUCUAAUGGCCAUGGUUUUAUUUCUUACAAUUUUUACUUGUCUAAAUAAUACAAGGCUGUAUUGAAUUUCUUCAGAAAUAUUUUUAAACUAGGCAAAAUAUAUAGCAUUUAAAAAUUUCAAUCCUAGGUCUUUUUUUCUCAACCAACUAUAUUCGUUAAUAUUCACAGAAUGUUAACAUAAAAUGAGCAUAUGCGUCCCCAUCAACAAACAUUUAUCAUGUGCAGGAAGAUUCCCAGUUGCUGGGGAUACAGAGAAAUAGAAGGCAUACUCGCUUUCCUCGGGGAACAACAUAUGAUCUAUUUGGAAAGAAAGGCAAAUGCAUGGAAAAUAAAAAGAAGCAGGCUAUUCAUUGCCUAGUGCCAGCAGGCAAGACAGCAGUAAGGAGUAUAGAAAACGGAACAAUUGCUAGGGUGAGGAGAGGAGGCCUGCCAGAGGGUGGGGGAGUCUCAGAUUUUGGCAAGGAAGGGGAGAACAUCCUAGGGCAUCAAGAAAGUUUGCUUUGGCAGUUGCAUUUUAUUCUGUUUUCCCUAACUGUAUUAUUAGAGCAUUUGCUUAAUACUAAUAUUUUCUUUAUUGCAUAAUAUUUCCUGUAGAAUUGUUAUGAGUUGUUAUAGAUCACUUCUGACCACCUGUGUAUUUUCCAAUCAUUUCUGUAAUGCAGGUGUCCUCAAACUAUAGCCCACGGGCCACAUGCGGCCCGAGGAGGACAUUUAUCGGGCCCACCCAGUAUUUUCGCUGACGCUGCCUGUCCUGCUUAGCAGCCAACUUGUCCCAGGCCCACAGUGCGCAUGUGUGGAAUGUG